AUGGACCAGUGGUUGUCCCAAUUUGAAGAAUGUUCCCAACUGGGACGUGAAAUUCAGGUAAAAAUCAAUGAACGAGAUAAGCAUUCAAGAACCAGUGUUCCUUAUACAAAAUUGUCUGCGCAGAUUCGUGCAUCCAUGAAGAAAUUUUCCAGUGACAUUGGUCUGUUGAAAACGAAUCUUCUUCGUCUUUCCACAGCUUAUCGCAUAACAGAGGGAGAAAUGGAACGGCGUCAAAUCUUGGUCAAUGAACUAAUCAGCAAGGAGAAGAAACUAAACCAGGAGUUUAACAAUGAAGGUGCUGGUGGAUCCAGACAAAACUUGAUGGGCCACACAUCAUCGAGCCUCCCUUCAGCGAUGUCUUCUAAUCCUUGGCUUGAUGAACCAGAAGAAUUUCGUGGACUUGCCAACCAAGACAUCCGCUCACAACAACAAAAUCUGAUUGAGCAACAAGAUGAGGGUUUGGAUGCUUUAUCAAAAGUAAUCUCACACCAGAAGCAGAUGGCUGUGGACAUUGGCCAUGAAGUAGAUGCCCAAAAUGAAAUAAUCGAUGACAUCGGGGAACAUAUGGAUCGAACAAAUGAACGACUCAUCAAAGAAAGAAGGCACAUCAAAAUUGUGGAUAAGAAGUCCACUACUUGCUGUAAGUAA